AUGUCCGGGACCUGUCCGGCCUGGGACUGUCAGGCUCCGGCUGCUGUGGCCGGCCACAGUGCCGAGCAAAUGGACGGGCGCCUCCUCGCACGCGGACCCCGACGCUGGCGGCCACGGCCACCCCACUCGGACCGAAGGACGACUGCAUGGCCGCGAUCUCUUAGCAGCGACCCCCCCAGCAGUAAGCCGAUCCGGGUGGCGAUCUGUGGCGCAGGCCCGGCGGGAUUCUACGCCGCCAAGCGCCUCUUCGCGCUCGACCAACACGCCAACCCUGCCCGUCCUCUGGCCAUCGAUCUCUUCGAAGCCCUCCCGACGCCAUUCGGGCUCAGCAGAUACGGCGUCGCACCCGACCAUCCCGAAGUCAAGAACUGCGAGUCCAAGUUCGAGCAGGUCGCCCGCCAUCCCAGGUUGCGAUACUUCGGGAACACGGCCGUGCUGGGCGACGGCCAGCCGCCGCCGUCGGGCCCGCAAGCCUCCGUGCGUCUCACGAGUCUGCGGCAGCAGUACGACGGGGUUCUGCUCGCGUAUGGGGCGGGAGAAGACCGGACGUUGGGCGGGCUUCCCGGGGAGACUACCUUGGCAAACAUCCUGCCGGCGCGCGCGGCGGUGGACUGGUACAAUGGAUACCCUCGCACCGCUGCGACAGCGGGGGAGCGGCGCAAGUUUGUCGAUCUCAGCCAGGUGGAGCGGGUGACGAUUAUCGGGAUGGGCAAUGUGGCGCUGGACAUCGCGCGGAUCCUGCUGACGGAUGUGGAUGUGCUGGCGAAGACGGACAUGGACGAGGCCGCGCUGAGCGAGCUUUCCCGGAGCCGGGUCAGGCACGUCGAGAUCGUCGGCCGACGGGGCCCGCUCCAGGCCGCCUUCACCACCCGCGAGCUGCGCGAGCUCGCCGGGCUUCCCGGGCUCGCCCUCGACAUCGACCAGCCCCUGCUCGCCGACGCGGCCGCCCGGAUCGCCCCGCCCGGCGUGCUCGGCCGGAUGCCCAACGGCCGGCUCGCCAAGCGGCUCCUCGACGUCAUGAUCAAGGCCUCCCAGCCGUCCUCCCUCCGCCCCACACGCUCCUCAUGUGCCCUCCGCUUCCUGCACACCCCGCUCGCCUUCCAUGGCGCCCAGCCCUCAGACACCGCUGCGCCCGCAAGAGUCGCCGCGGUCGACUGGAUCCGCAACACGCUCGAAUACCCCGCCGACGCCUCCCGACCGGUCGACCAUGCCGCGCUGAAGGCCGUCCCCCUCCGGCCCCUGACCAUCCACGCCUCGGCCACCGACCUCGUCCUCAAGAGUCUCGGCUCCGUCCCGCAUCUCGUCCCGCCCCUCACACACGACGCUUGGCGAAGUCGGGCAAAGAACGAGCAAGGGCGCGCGCUCGACGCAGCUAACCAGUCCAUCCCAGGACUGUAUGUGACCGGAUGGCUGGCGACGGGGUCCAAGGGCGUGAUCGGCGACACGAUGACGGGCGCUUACGACCGAGACGACGCCGAGCCCGCGCUGGAUAACAAGCAGUUCUGCGUCGACUGGCACGCUUGGACCGUCAUCGACCAAGCCGAACGCCACAGCGGCAAACUCGCUGGAAGACCGCGCGUCAAGCUCUCCUCCGUCCACGACAUGUUGGCUGUUGCUGGUCUCCUUUAA